AGGAUUGAACAAAUUUUGAUGGCCCAAUGACAUGUUUAUGUUUGUGAGAACUCCACUUUUGAGCGGAGGUCAAAAAGUAAUUCUUACCAAAUAUAUGGCCUCAACAAAGCAUUCUGGAAAGGAAAUGUCAAUAUAGAAGUUGUUCAUUAUACUUGUUUUGACGAGGUAACACUCUUCUUCUUUAUGUGAAUGGCGGCACUUGAGUUUCACCCGAUCCAACACGAAUCAAUAUCUUUUACAUUGAUCCGAACCCGACCUGAUAAGACCGGACCCAACCCUAUCCGUUUCAGUCUCUGAUAUCCGACCUGACAACCCAACAUAUAUGAGAAUUUGACUAUUCCAGUAAACCUUUAGUUAUAACUCUGUUGAAUCUUAUAAGAAUCUUACAAGAAUUAAUAAGAAAUUGAUAAGAGUAAGCAAAACUCGUAACUUAUUCUUAUAAGAUUCUCAUGAGAAACAUGUUCAACUUUCCUACUAAAAUCCCAAUACAGUACUGAAAACAGGCCGGCACUAUGAGUGCGCACAGCACGCUAUGUUGCGCUGGUACGCACUAGCUCCACAUUUUUCCAGUCGCCGUUUUGUUGUCUAUGAUUGAUUCCACUAUGUUUUACUCGGGCUUUUCUUCGAGCACAUAGUACAAUCAAAUUUUAACGCGUUUGUCGAACAGACAAUGCUUUUGUCAUGUUAUAAUCUCUAUCUGGAAAGAAAAAAUCAGCAUGACCAGAGAGUCAGGAAGUAAAUUCAGAGGAUAUACACAGCAAAUUCAGCUCUUUGUUCCCUUAUUUAAAUAGGUCUCAUUUUUACUAGUCACAAUGUUACACUAUCGGACUUUUGAACAAGUUUCCUUUUGAGACAUCUCUUUCUCAUUAUUCCUUUCAAAUUUGGAAUUUCAACAAAUAGAUUCAUUAUUUCUUUAAUAUUUAGGAUGAACACAAAUUAUCAUUAGAGGAUCUGUAUAGAAAACUUGAAACAGAUCCAGAUACAGGUUUAAGUGAUUCAAAAGCCGCUGAAAUAUUAAUACGGGAUGGUCCAAAUGUAUUAUCAUCACCCAAAACAACUCCACGAUGGAUUACAUUUUGUACACAAAUGUUUGGUGGUUUUUCAUUAUUAUUAUGGAUAGGAGCUAUUCUAUGUUUUAGUGUACAUGGAAUAAUAAAACGUACAACAACAACACAUGAAGAAACGUCUCAUGACAAUGUAAGAUUAUUUUGAUUUGUUUAGUAGCUGACAAAAGACGAGAGUAUACCAUAGACCACAGAAGUGGUCAAUGUGUGCUAGUUGUCCGUAUACACGUUAACUCUUAAGAAGUUGAUUCGAUUGUGAUGAUCGUAAUUAUCGAUUAAACACUUCUUGAAUAUUAGGAAAAAACAAGAAUAUCUUUAAUGUUUUCCUAUAAGAAUUAGAGAUUCUGCUAGCCAUUUGAAUAAUCUGAUCAUGCUUUGUAUACGAAAAAAAUGAGAACAAAUAUAAAACUGGUCAGUGUAUCCGACCAGUUGUUUAAACGAUGACACUAGAAUUUCAACGAAUUGCCACAAUUAAGUUUGAUCAAGAGACUAUUAGGCUAUAGGAACAAACAUGAUUUUCCCUAAUGCAUUCAUGUAACACCUAAUAGCAUCUGUCUGCUUUGAAAUAUAUAGUUAAAAGCUCCUCAAAUCGACCAGUGAAGUCAGAAAAACAAGGUUUGCAACAGGUAUGGUAUGGCUACAUAACAAUGAAAGAAAGAAGGAUAGGAUAGUUAUCAGACUCUGUCUGGGCACGAACCUUACUUAAUGACAAAAAAAUUAAACCUUAAGAAGGACAAGAUGAAAUGAGCUACAAUAGCUUUCUAUGUCAGCAUUUAGUGUAGACUAUAUCCAAUAGCAAGUUUCUAGCACUUAUUUUUCUCAAGAUACAGCGAGGGGAGAUAGCUACUUUUGUGGAGAACCGUA